AUGGACUACCAAAACCGCGCCGGCUCCAAAUUCGGCGGCGGCGGCGUCGCCUCGCACAGCGCGACCAACGCCGACCGCCGCGAGCGCCUGCGUAAGCUCGCCCUCGAGCAAAUCGACCUGGACAAAGACCCCUACAUCUUCAAGAACCACCUCGGCUCCUUCGAAUGCCGCCUCUGCCUCACCGUCCACCAAAACGACGGUUCCUACCUCGCCCACACCCAAGGCAAGAAGCACCAAACCAACCUCGCGCGUCGCGCCGCCCGCGAACAAAAAGAGGGCAAAGGCGAGGUCGACCCCAACACGGGCCUGCCCGUGGGCGUCGUCGGCGCGGGGUUUGCUGCGCUUGGUUUGGGAGUAGGUGGGCCAAGGAAGAAUGUAGUCAAGAUUGGACGGCCGGGGUACAAGAUUACCAAGGUUCGCGAUCCGAUCACACGGCAGCAGGGGUUGUUGUUUCAGCUGCAGUACCCGGACAUCAGCACGGGGGUGACGCCGAAAUGGCAGGUGAUGAGCGCGUUUUCGCAGCGCGUGGAGGAGCCCGAUCGGAAUUUUCAGUAUUUGCUGGUGGCGGCCGAGCCGUACGAGACGUGCGGGUUUAAGAUUCCGGCGCGGGAGCUUGAUAAGAGGGAGGACAGGCAGUUUGAGUUUUGGGAUCCGGAUGCGAAGGAGUAUUGGAUUCAGAUUAUGUUUAUGACGGAGCGUGAGGAGAGGUUUAAUGCCGCGCCGGGGCUGACGGGUAGGCGGUGA